AUGGCACCACAAGAUCCCCCGCUUGAUGAGAUACAAUGGAGCCAUCCAAUGUGGCUUGCUGGGAAUUCAGGUCUUCAUGAAAAUACUGUUCUUCAUUACUUUGCGCAGUCACCAUUUUUUGAUCAAACCUCAAAUAAUGCGAUCCUAACGAUACAAGGUACGCUCAAUCCAAAUAUGUCGUACAUCCUUGCCACUCGUAGUGCCUUUGAGAGCCGACUCAAAACUAUGUCUGGACUGGAAUUUUUAGUUGCACAAGAACCUGCAGAGAUGGCGCCGGGUACUGGCACGGGAGUAUGGGUAAUUAGCAAGCAAACAAGAAGAAAGAGAGCUCAAGACGACGAUGAAAUUACAAAACAUGCAUCGUAUUUUGUAGUGGGAGAGAACAUUUAUAUGGCUCCUACUGUCGCAGAUGUACUGGGCAGUAGAAUGUUAUCAAUCUUCACCUCACUCACAAAUGCCAUCUCGAAAGCAUCCGAAUUACCCAAUUUUUCUCCCUCUCUCGGUCAUACAUAUAUGCCACCAGUUCCACCACGAACAAAAGCCAUUGCAUCAGCUUUCUCUCAGGCUUCCAAAGAGAAUACACCAUUGCCCGAUUCCCUUGCGACUGAAGCCAAGAAUCCCUCCACAAAUAUCUCCAACAACGUACUCGCAAAUCACCUUCUUGAAGAAACUCUUAACAUAUCGCUCAGAUAUGGCGAUGAAUAUAUGGAUGAAAAUCCUAUUACCGGAACUCCAGGUGAUUUCCAUUUUAGUACAACCGGUCGGAAGGAAAAAGAAAAGCUUAUGGUGCCACCAACAUCAAAACCAGCAGGUUUUGGUCUGAGUGGUAAACCUGCACCUCCUACGCCUUUAAAAACAGAUUUGGGCAUGCAAAAGAAAGGAAGUAAGGGAGAGAAAAGUCCUAGAACUCCAGGAUCAGGAAAGCCUAAAAGAAGAAAGAGUAAAGUGAUGAACGGAGGGGUGAGUCCUACAUAG